AUGAGAUUCCCAUCUUCCCGUCCUCCUAUAGAAGGUGACACCUCGAUACUGCGAGCUCCUCGACCUCGGCCCUCGUCGACUUUUCUUCACCUGUUGCUGCGCCUUCACCGUUCUCUGCCCGAAGGCGAGAUCUAUCCGUCGAGAAUCGCCGGAGGACGGCGGAGCCACCGCCGCCAAGGACCACGCCGCGUCAUCACGCCCCGAUCCUUCUCGACCCCAUCCUCCUCCUCGAACUCCUCUUCUAUUUCCUCCUCCGCUCCAUCAGCCCCCGCCUCGGAGUUCCUCAAGUUGUGCCUCGCAAUCUCCACCGCCCUCGCCAGCGCCGCCGCCGACGCCCUCGUCGUGGAGGAUUUCGAGGACCAGUUCGCCGGCGGCCCCAAGACCAAGGACUUCGUCGCGGCCAUGCGCCGAUGGGGGCUCGACCCCAAGCAGAAAGACGGAGGAGGGAUCGAAGAUGAGGUGGGGUAG